AUCAGGUUCGUCUGUAUCACGUGCAGGGGAUAGUCGUCUGCCUGAGCAUAUCUCUCGUGCACUGUACAGGGUGCUCGAGUACGCAAUCGAGUUCUUGGUUCACGCACGCGUCAAACGCGUUUUCUUUCUUCACUUUCAUUGCACUUUCGCCGCUCGGACUCUUCCUCUUCUUGACUACCAGCCAGAACAUGCAACUACUUUUCUUCCCCGCAACAUUAUCAAUACAAUCAGGAAGACCACCGCUGUGACGGCAAGUUGCAUCGUUCCGACCGCUUUACAUACCUGACUACCUCCAAACCUACGCAUAGGCACAAGUUCCGUUUCCGCGCUCGGCAGCCUACAGUGCUCAGUAAUUCGCAAGCUCGCAUCGCGCGACUCGCCAGCAAGCCUGGGUACCUUCAGCACCUCACUACCGCUCAUCUGAAGUUCAUAAAUCUCCCUGGCGCCUACAAACCUUGCAAUGGCCCUCAUCAUCUCUUCCCACAUCACAAAGAUGGCUAUACCAAUUUCCGCCAGCACCCUCCUCAACGCCUCCCAGCAUGACAAAGCCAUGCUAAUCGACAUCUACGAGCUCUUGGAUAAGCUUUUCGCUCGCAACCGCAACCAGCAUCGCCGCAGCCACUGGUGGAAGAGCCUGCAUGCUUUUCGAAAGCAAUUUGCCCUACUUCUUUCAGAGAUGGAGACUGGCAAGAAGUCCGAGCGACCGGCGAAGAUCGAAGCGCGAUUGAGGUAUUGGGACGAGAAGUGCGUGCAUGUGUGGUACUGCCAGUUCUCUCAGCUCAUUGCCGUUGGACCAUUCGCUAUGCUAGGCUUGGUGAUGAUGGCGUCUGUUGCGCGUCUGUGCCGCAUUACAGGCAUCACGACGGCAUACGAGGAGAUCGCCUCAGCCGACAUCCAGGGUGUUUUGAGCGCCAACGAUGAGCUGUCCAUGUCGAGUGAAUUCGGCGGCGUCAUUGAUGAAGAGGCAGAGUGGGAUGAGGGCGUCGUUAUUGCGAGGGAGGACUGAGAGAAGCAGUCAGUCAGACAUGAAGCACUCGACCCACGUGUAUUAGCGAGACGAUACCAGGAUAGGCGUUACGGAACGGAUAUAAUGCAUCUACUCUCAUCUCCAAUUCC